AUGGCGCCUAGGUUUGAGUUUGGCACUCACUUGGUACUUUGCUUCGGCGGAGCUGGCUUUUAUGGUCAGUAUGCCGAGAAAUGGAAGGAGGACCCCAAUGAUGAACGAUGGAAGGGUCGGAAGUUCGAGUGGUUUUUCACCGAGAAGGAGGAGGAUAUCAAGUUGUCCAGCCUGCCGCGACCUGGAUUUCUCCCACCCGAAUUCUGGGAGGCCUUCUAUGAGAAGGGCGUCUUCAUUGCGCUCUUCCAAGCCGCCACACUGAUUGGUGGCUUUGUGGUGAUUUUCCUCUUCGCUCCCUACGCUCUGAACGCCAUCUUGGGAGCCUUGCUUGGGGUAGCACCUCCAUCGGCAAGUUGA